UAAACCUAAAACAAAAAAGGUCUUCUUCUUCGUUGCCGCCUGCAACACAAAGCUGCUGCUGCUCCUCCACCGCUACUCCUUCGAUUAUCCGACGGUAUCCCGGAGAAGAUGCGUCGCAUUCAAAGUAAAAAGAGGAAGCUAUCGGUGAAGCCGAUUGUGAAAAAGAAACAGGGCAAUGUGGAUCAUAUCACCGGUGAUAAAAUCCCAAAAAGCUUUGUUUUCUCGAGAGGGAAGUUACCGGCGAAUCUCAGGCAACUUCAGAUGGACUUAAGAAAGCUGAUGCUUCCUUAUACAGCUCUCAACCUUAGGGAGAAGAAACGAAAUACUCUCAAAGAAUUUUUGAAUGUUGCGGGGCCAAUGGGCGUCACGCAUUUUCUUAUAUUGUCGAAAACUGCUACCGCACCUUAUUUGAGAGUUGCAAGGACACCUCAGGGUCCAACUCUUACGUUUAAGAUACUUGAGUACUCGACCGCACUUGAUGUUGCUCAGUCGCAAUUGCGCCCUAGAUGUCCUCAAGAUCUUUUCAAAAAUCCUCCAUUGAUGGUUCUCCAUGGUUUUGGAUCAGAACAGCAUAUGAAGCUCACUACUAUAAUGUUUCAGAACAUCUUUCCAUCCAUUGAUGUUAAUACUGUCAAACUUUCCUCUUGCCAGAGAGUUGUUUUACUUGAUUACAACAAGGAAAAAAAGCUUAUUGAGUUUCGGCAUUAUUCUAUCAGACUCCAACCUGUGGGUGUCUCCCGUAGGCUAAGAAAGUUUGUGCAGAACCAUGACGUGCCUGAUCUUAGUGGUCACCAAGAUGUGAGCGACUUUAUCACCAAGGCUGGUUAUGGAUCAGAAAGUGAAGCAGAUGAAGAAGCAUCAAUAGUGACUCUGACUAGUGAUCUUAGUAGAGUUAUUAAAGCUUCUACAAAAAGUGCUGUCAGGCUUCAGGAACUUGGACCCAGAAUGACUCUGCAACUCAUCAAAAUCGAGGAAGGACUGUGUUCUGGUGAUGUUAUCUUUAAUGAAUACGGAAAUGUUACCGACAAGACAAAACAGCAAGAAAACAAUCAGAAAAAUCAAGAUGAUGAGGACGAGGACGAUGAAGAAAUUGAAAACGAGGAUGAUGAUGAGGAAGACAGUGAUUAGAGUAAUAAAAAAAACUAGAGAAUGUGAGAAUGUGCAUAAAUGAUUUUGGCGGUGGUUUCAAGUUUUAUGUUUGGAAGAUGAAUGCGCAAAAAGAGAGGUUGAUCAUGCAGGGGAUUUCUUUUUGUUAAGGUUUUCAAAAUAGUAAUAGAGUUGUAAUAUCACAUUUUUAAAAUUUUGUUUUACAUAUCCAUGAAUCCUGAAGAAGCUGAAGAUGCUCAAGCUAACCUUUCUCAAUGGUGGAGAUAACUUUGUACUAAGGAGGCUGUAACUUAUUCAAAGCAAUACACAAUGCUCAGAAAGUAUCAUAAAAUUCAACAAUCUUCUUUUAUAA